AUGACAUUCUUGAGAUCUUCCUCGUCAUCCCGAGACUCAUCCCCAUCGUCGUCGCCGAUGUUGGCACCUAUAGACUCUUCCCCGCCCUCGAGUCCGCUGCAUGAGCCCUAUAUGCUAGACUCCCCACCCCCGACGCGCCUAGAAUUCUCUCAUCCAUUCGCGGCCUCAGCAAAAGCUAAUAAACGCCCUCCACAGCGGGAAAAGAAGACAGACACUCCCCCGAGUACACCUCCCGCGCGUGUUCCGGCGCCAUUGUACCGCGGCACAGUCUACUCUCGUUCGCUGGGAGAAGAACACUACUUGCGCGGAGAAACGUCAAGUCCAGAGUCGUCACCUCAUCGCACGUCGCGUUACAUCGAUCGUGAGGAGCGGCUUUGGGAUGAAGCGCUGCGGAAACCCUUCGACACAGGUAACGGGCACAUAGACCUGAGCAAUCUAUCCCUGAAGACCAUUCCUACAUCGAUCACCGAUCUCGGACGUUUUUUCAACACGACGGAACUAUCUGAGCAAAGUCUACAGAGCCAGCUUUCGAGUUUCGCGCGCGUUUCAUUCGAGCGGACAAAGUCCAUCAUGGACUCGGGCAAGGAACGACAUAUGCUACAACUCUACCUCUUUGGAAACCGCAUCCAGCAUCUUCCUUCUGAGCUGUUCACGUUGCACAAUCUGGCUGUGUUGAGUUUGCGCGGAAACCUGUUGACAUAUAUUCCCCCGGAGAUAUGUCGUUUGGUCAACUUGAAGGAGCUCAAUAUCUCGCAGAACCGCCUGACAUACCUGCCCUCGGAAAUGCGAGAUAUGACCCUCUCGUCGCUGCAGCUCAACCCCAAUCCCUUUUUAUCGGAGCCUUCCUUCUCUCGUGUCCCCUCCGCAGUCCCGGAGGCAGAAGGGAAUCCAUGGAGAACGAUCAUAGUAUCUCCCGUGACGACAUUCCUUUCGCCCAUACCUCCCCUGACAGAGAUCUGUUAUCGAAAGUUGCUUUGCCCAUUGCCAGGCCACAGCUCUAAGACCGCGCUCAGCGAGUAUUAUCUCCCCGACGUUUGGAAGCUGCCACCGAACGUACGCGACGUAUUGGCGGAGAACACGCCCGAUUUUUUCAAAUCCGCUGGUGUCCCCCCUGAACCACGAAAGCAUGAUCGGAGGCCGUCGCAGGGCGCGGGCGGGUGUGCAAAUCCGGACCACAAGGGUCAAUUCUUCGUGAGGCACGCUGCGGAGCGAUUCACGUGGGAGCGUCGCGUUGCUGGUGUUGAAGUGGGUGGAGCGGUUCCGCUGCGAUGGAGAGGGUGCAUGCAGGCAUGCUUGGGGUUCUUGGACCAGGAUACAGCAGAGGCCAGCGAGAUAGAGCCGCAACCUACAGAUGCGAGCGAUGCGAUGGAUUCGGAUGAGACAAACGUCGUGACAGCAGUGGAUUUGGGUGGAGGCGGACUCAGCAUGGAUGAGUUUGAUGACUGA